AUGACGUCAUAUCAUACAGUGAAAGGUCACAGAGUGUGUUGCGUUUGUAACGGUAACGCCUUCUGUUUCCUUCCUUCUACGUCUUUACACAUUAUCUUUCUAUCUCCCACUUUCCCUCCCAUACCUCUCUCAUUCUCUCUCUCUCACUUUUCUUUUCUUUCUUUCUCUUUCUUUUUUUCUUUCAGUCCAUGCCUAUCUAUCUAUCUUUUUCUUUCUUUCUUUCGUACUUUUUUUCUUUCUUUCUUUCUUUCUUUCUUUCUUUCUUUCUUUCCAACUGUCUAUAUCAGUGUUUUCACAUAUCUAUCUAUCUAUCUAUCUAUCUAUCUAUCUAUCUCUGUUUAUAUCUUUAAUUCUCAAAGGCCAAUCCAAGUUUUGUUUCUCAAAUUCACACACAUUCCCUCUAUUCUCGAAUUCAUUCACAUUCCCUCUAAUCUCAAAUUCAUUCACAUUCCUUCUAUUCUCAAAUUCAUUCACAUUCCUUCUAUUCUCGAAUUCAUUCACAUUCCGUCUAUUCUCAAAUUCAUUCACAUUCCUUCUAUUCUCGAAUCAAUUCACUUUCCUUCUAUUCUCGAAUUCAUUCACAUUCCGUCUAUUCUCGAAUUCAUUCACAUUCCUUCUAUUCUCAAAUUCAUUCACAUUCCGUCUAUUCUCGAAUUCAUUCACAUUCCGUCUAUUCUCGAAUUCAUUCACAUUCCGUCUAUUCUCGAAUUCAUUCACAUUCCCUCUAUUCUCAAAUUCAUUCACAUUCCCUCUAUUCUCGAAUUCAUUCACAUUCCCUCUAUUCUCGAAUUCAUUCACAUUCCGUCUAUUCUCAAAUUCAUUCACAUUCCGUCUAUUCUCGAAUUCAUUCACAUUCCCUCUAUUCUCAAAUUCAUUCACAUUCCUUCUAUUCUCGAAUUCAUUCACAUUCCGUCUAUUCUCGAAUUCAUUCACAUUCCGUCUAUUCUCGAAUUCAUUCACAUUCCUUUAUUCUCGAAUUCAUUCACAUUCCCUCAUUUCGAAUUCAUUCACAUUCCCUCUAUUCUCAAAUUCAUUCACAUUCCCUCUAUUCUCAAAUUCAUUUCAUUCCUCUAUUCUCGAAUUCAUUCACAUUCCCUCUAUUCUCGAAUUCAUUCACAUUCCCUCUAUUCUCAAAUUCAUUCACAUUCCCUCUAUUCUCGAAUUCAUUCACAUUCCCUCUAUUCUCGAAUUCAUUCACAUUCCCUCUAUUCUCAAAUUCAUUCACAUUCCCUCUAUUCUCGAAUUCAUUCACAUUCCCUCUAUUCUCUAUUUCAGUUAUUUCUUUCAAAUGGAAAUUAUCAUAUGCUACCAUGUGAUAUUUUACUCUAUCUGUGCUGCUCGGAUUGA